UCUAUUCUAAAUGCACCCAAAACCCUAGCCCUCCCCUCCUUCCCUCCCACCUUCUGCCACAUUAGGGUUUUGCCUCCGACCUUUAUAAAUUAUACCCAAUUAUAUAUUAUUGGGGUUUCUUUCUUCUUCGUUUUCAAUUUUUAAAUUUGGGGACCGAAAAUUUAAGUUUAACGCGAUGGUUUCUGGGUCGCGAAUCGAAGGUGGGAAUCAGAUAAUCUCCGCCGGAGUGAGGGAAACGAUCCAAUCGAUCAAAGAAAUAGUUGGAAAUCACUCUGAUAUUGAUAUCUAUUGGGCUCUUAAAGAGGCCGAUAUGGAUCCUAAUGAAACUGCCCAGAAAUUACUUAACCAAGACCCAUUUCAUGAGGUGAAGAGAAAAAGAGACAAAAAGAAGGAGGUGCCACCUAAGAGUAUCGUACAAAAGGUUCUUGCUGAACCAAGAAGACAGUUUGAGAGUGCUGGUCAAGGACCAAGAUCAAAUACAACUUCUGAACGUGUAGUGGAGCCUAAAAGACAUAUUGAGAGUGCAGGUCAAGGACCUAGAUCAAAUGCGAUUUCCGAUCAUAAUAUCGAGUCUAGAAGACAUUUCAACAGUGCAGGUCAAGGACCAAAAUUUAAAAAGUUUUCUGAUCGGAAUGCUGAGCCAAGACGACAUUUUGAGACUGCAGGUCAAGGACCAAGACACAACUCAUCUUCUGAUCGUAAUGUAAGAAGAGGUGGUUAUGUUCGAAGGGGUUUCUCUGGUGUCAGCAGAGAGUUUCGUGUUGUGAGAGACAACAGAGCUAACAAUAAUUCAGAUGGAGAAAUCAAGCCUGCUUCACCUCAAUGUACGACUUCAACCAAUGAGCAAGUGAUUUCAACUAUUUCUGAGAAGGGCCAAACAGGAAGUUCAAGUAGCCAAAGGCCAUCUAAUAGACAGCACGUCUCACAAGCAUUGAAUGGGCAAAUUGAUUCUCGAAUCAGAUUCAGUGAUGCUAAUUCAACUGGUAAUAUUAGAAAGGAGUCAUCAAUGGAGAAGAGAGUUCCUUUUUCCAAUUCAGCUUCACGAGUACAAGCAGGGAAGCCAAACAAUUCCCAACCACAUUCUGCUUCAAGUACUUCUGUUAUUGGGGUGUAUUCAUCGUCCACGGAUCCUGUUCAUGUGCCAUCUCCUGAUUCUAGGCCAUCUGCUUCUGUUGGUGCAAUCAAGCGUGAAGUCGGGGUGGUUGGCGUUCGGAAACAAUCUUCUGACAACUCCAAGUCAGCUGUACUGAGUAGUUCUUUCUCUAAUUCACUUUUGGGAAAAGAGGGUUCUACAGAAUCAUUUAGAUCUUUCACUGGUAUCUCUAAACCUGAUCAACUCAGCCAAACUUCUGAAUCUGUGAUGCCUAGCAUUCCGGUUAACAGAUCUUUCAUCAGUAACCAGCAUAACGUCAGGCCACAUCAACAACCUAUGGGUCAUCAGAAAGAUGCAGGUUCCCAGCCUAACAAGGAGUGGAAACCUAAAUCAAGUCAGAAGCCAAGCUCUAAUAGUCCUGGAGUCAUUGGAACACCAACUAAAUCUGCUUCUCCUCCAUCUGAUGCUUCAAAGGUCUCAGAGUCAGAAGAUAAGCUGCAAGAUAAGCUUGCCCGAGUAAAUAUUUAUGAGAACUGUAACGUUGUGAUAGCUCAAAAUAUUAGAGUCCCUGAGAGUGACCGUUUUCAGCUAACUUUUGGAAGCUUGGGGACGGAGUUUGAUUCAAUGGGAAACACAGUUAAUGAAUUUCAAGCUGGACCUACAGAUGAGUUGAACAGGGAACCUCCAGCAAGUUUGUCAGCAUCCGCUCCUGAGUCACACAGUGAUGAGGCUUCCAGCACAAAGCCAGUAGAUUUGUUAGACGACCAAGUUAGGAAUUCUGGAUCUGAUUUCUCAGCACCUUCUGCAGUGCCUGAGCAUUUGCCUGAGAAAAGAGAGACCUCAAGUCCUCAGAGUUUGGACAAUUAUGCAGAGAUCGGGUUGGUUCGAAACAACAGUCCAUCCUUUGCACCGUCAGAGUCACAGCACCAAGAUCCACCAGAGUUGCAAGGUUUUACGGCAUUUGAUCCUCAGACUGGUUAUGAUAUACCUUACUACAGACCCAGUAUGGAUGAAAGUGUACGCGGACAGGGUCUACCCUCUCCUCAGGAGGCAUUGAAUUCACAUAAUGCCAAUUCACAUAAUGCCAACAGCAUCCCUGCAUCAACAGUUUCCAUGUUACAACAGCAACCACCGCAUGUGGCGCAGAUGUACCCGCAAGUUCAUGUUUCACAUUAUCCUAUGCCAUUUCGUCAGUUUAUCUCACCAGUUUAUGUUCCACCUAUGGCUGUGCCUGGAUAUUCCAAUAAUCCUGCCUAUCCUCACAUGUCUAAUGGCAACAGCUACGUGCUGAUGCCUGGAGGUGGUUCCCACCUAAAUGCAAGCAGCCUCAAGUAUGGAGUUCAGCAAUUUAAGCCCGUACCUGCUGGAAGUCCCACUGGGUUUGGAAAUUUUACUACUGCUGGUUAUGCAAUGAAUGCCCCUGGUGUAGUUGGAGGUGCCACAGGACUUGAAGAUUCAUCAAGAAUGAAGUAUAAGGAUGGAAAUCUUUAUGUUCCAAAUCCACAGGCAGAGACAUCAGAGAUUUGGAUUCAGAACCAGAGGGAGCACCCAGCAAUGCAAUCCGCUCCAUAUUACAACAUGCCUGGACAAUCACCUCAUGCCGCUUAUAUGCCGUCUCAUGCUGGCCACGCUUCUUUUAAUGCAGCUGCCGCUCAAUCUUCACACAUGCAAUUCCCAGGAAUGUACCAUCCUCCUCAGCCUGCUGCAAUGGCCAGUCCGCACCAUAUGGGGCCUGCAAUGCCCGGGAAUGUCGGAGUGGGGGUGGCCGCAGCUGCUCCCGGGGCACAGGCGUAUCAGCAGCCUCAGUUGAAUCAUAUGAACUGGACAACAAACUUUUGAUAACCAAAGGAGAAAAUGUGAAUCUAAACUCCUCUGCAAAAUGUAGGAGAGCUGUAGUAGGGUUUUCCUCUGUCAAAAUCAAUAACCCAGAAUUUCUUAUUUAAUGAAUCAAUGAUUAAUCUUGUGUU